AUGAGCAUCAUAGAAGAACUGGAAAAAUUCGACAUUCAUAUUUUGGGUAGUCUCCUGAGUAAAUUGAAUACACUUGAAAUUACACAAGAUGAAAUUGGAGAGUCAUUUAAUGUUAAAUACUUUGCAAUUGGAUAUUAUCAUAAAAAUAGAAAGUCAAAUAGAAACACGGUAAUCAUUUCAGAUGUUGUUAAGCUUAACUUUCUGGAUUGGGAUAAAUCUAUCACUGAGUUUAUUGAAGAUAUCGUAAUUAGUCUUCCAGAAGGUUUUACAGUAUUGGGUUCAAUACAAAGCAAAUCUGAUUGUAUGGAAUGGCUAAAUAUAACCAAAGUAGAUUUCAAAAAACAUAAUAGUAAAUAUGGCAAAUUUUGGGACCCAAAUAAUUUCCCAAAUUUAUUAAUUGUACCAGAAUUUGAUAUGCUUUCAAUUAUAUCAUCUUUAAAGAUUUUUCUAAUAAAUCAUAAUGCUAACUACUUGUUACCAGAUUCUAGAAUACAAAUCAUUAAAGAUCUUUCAGAGCUUGGAGAAUUUUACUGUUGUGAAAUUCAUAUAUCUUUACCAUUAAUAUCUACAAACUUCCAUGAAAGUAACAAACUUGAUUCAAAUAUUUCAUCUAUAGAAGAAAUUAUUGAAUCAAAUCUUGUUGUACAAGCUCCUAAUUUUCUAAAUAAUAAUCAUCAGUUAUUAAAUAUUUAUAAUUACAACAAAAACUACAAAAUUAUCAAUAAGGAUUUGGAUUCUCUUCCAAUUCAAAUUCCAGUCUUCUUUUCUCAAAACAUUCAACCAGUUGAAAUAAAUUCUAAUGAAACUUCUACCUCACAUUUCUUUACAUCUUACACUAUUAUUAACAAUGAUGAGAAAUCCUUUCAGAAAAUUAACUUACAUCUCCAAGCUUGUAUUUUUAAACUAAAAAAAAAUGAUGAAUUUAUGCCUUUUCAAAAUAUUAUUAAGAAACGUUUUAUUGAUCAGUGUAAUUAUAUCAAAGAAAGAGUAAAUAAUCCUACCCGUCUUUUUUACUAUUCCCAAUCCAAUUCUUCAUCUUCAAUACUUUCAGAUAACUAUGAUUUUGAAUUUUACCUAUUCAAAAUCCCUCAGAUUUCCUUUCCAAUAACCCUUCUUAAUACUGGAAUUUUAUUCGAAAAAAACCCAGAAAAAAAAACUCUUAGAAAACUUUGGUCCAAUAUACUUAAUAUUAAUCCUCUAAUGCCUUUUAUUACCAAAAAUCUCGCACUAAUCCCAAAGCUAAAAAACGAAUCAGAAGAUUUGAAAUAUUAUAAUGAAAAACUGGUAUCUCCACAUUUACCUCUUAUUGAGAAAAUGAAAUCCAAAAAUUUGAAGAUUAAAAACAAAAAAACGGAAUCUGGUUUAAAUCAGAGUAAAAUAACUUCAGAAUUAGAUCCAGAAUUAGAUUUUGAUUUUGAAUUAAGCUUAGAUACAGAUUUUGAUUUUAAUUCAGGUAAAAGUUAUUCAAAAAUACAAAAAUUAAAAUUACCUAUAAUUUACCAAUGUUAUGGAGACUUUUACUACUAUCAUUAUAAUCAUGAUAAUUUCAAAGAUAAUGGUUGGGGAUGUACUUAUAGAUCUCUUCAAAUGGUAUUAAGUUGGUACCUUAUUAAUAAUUAUACCAAUAAACAUGUUUUAUCAAUACCAGAAAUACAAGACUUCCUAAAACAGAAUGAUCCAACACAUAGUAAUCUCGAAAUAGGGUCAAACAGUUGGAUUGGAACAGUUGAAGCUUCAUAUAUUUUAUUAAUGUAUCUUGGAAUAUCUUGCAAAUUAAAAUACUUUUACGAUAUUGAAGAAUUUCUUAAAUAUUAUGAUAAAAUUUCUGAACAUUUUCAAAAAAUUUCAACACCAAUUAUUCUAAGUAUUGGAGAUUAUUCCUACUUAUUAGUAGCAAUUCAAAUCUCAAAAGAUCCUUCAUCUCCUUUUGACACUAAUAACGUUCAAUACUUGCUAGUAGAUCCCCAUUAUACUGGAAAGGAUGAUUAUGAACUAAUAUAUAAAAAGAAUGGAGUUUCUUGGAAAAAUGCAAGCUUCUUCAAAUCUAUAUCUAAAGAUAAAUAUGUAAAUAUUUUGUUGCCUCUUAACACUUCUGAAAAAGAUUCUCAAAUUAUUUAUUAA